AUGUGGUCUUCUGACGACGACGACGACGACUGGUAUUUCCCGGAUGACUUUUACUUUAACUCUUUUACUCCCUCUCCCGAUCCAUACGCAUCACCUCACGACACCUCCGACGACACCAACACCAACAUCAUGCCUCCCCAUCACGACUCCUCUUUCACCCACGGUCAAGCGGCCGUUUCCGAUCCACCCAGGUCUGCUAUGAUGACAACAGUUCACACCGAGCUUUAG